CUCGUUCACUAUCGUUUCCCACUCAGAAGAUUUCCAUUCAUUCCGAAUUGGUACCCAGCCCAAAGCCCGGGCUUCCCCCCCGAGACCCUCAGCGUGUCUACAGGACUCCAGUUUAGUAUUCACUGGAAGAGAUGCGCCGAUGCUCCCUCGCUAGACCUACAGGCUGCUGGUUGGAGCCAUAAGGGAACGGGAGGAAGAAUUAGCCUGUGUGUUUAUGUGGCUGUGCUCCAGUAAAUAUUUUGAUGCAUCUGCUGCCAGCUCUGGUCUGAGGGAAUCUACCUAGCAUUUAAAUUUUGAUGGGGAGCUGUUUUGAAUAAUAACAGUGCAGCCGGCUGUGAGUCAGUGCAUGUGUGUUGACUUAAAAAAAAAAAAAAAACCUCAAAGCUUAACGCUUGCUGAACGCUGAGCUGCAGUGCUUUGCUUUUUCCCUCCUCCUUUCUUCUUUUCUUUCUUCUCUUGACUUCCUCGGUUUUGUUUUGUUCUUGGGGGCAUUUCACAUAGAUUUUGUUCACUGGUGGUGGGGGGGGUGGGGUAAGAAGAAUAAAAACAAACCCAAAACCAAAUCAGCCAAAAUAAAUCGUCCCUAAAAACUCACAAGUAGCUUUUGCAAUGGGUGCUGUAAUGGGUACGUUCUCUUCUCUACAAACGAAACAAAGAAGACCAUCAAAAGACCCUGCCCGAUGGUUUUACGUGUAUCAGAGAGAUAAAAUUGAAGAUGAAUUAGAAAUGACUACGGUGUGCCAUAGACCCGAAGGACUGGAACAGCUUGAAGCACAAACCAAUUUCACUAAAAGAGAACUUCAAGUGCUUUACAGAGGAUUUAAAAAUGAAUGUCCUAGUGGGGUUGUUAAUGAAGAAACAUUCAAACAGAUCUAUGCACAGUUUUUUCCUCACGGAGAUGCUAGCAUGUAUGCACAUUAUCUCUUUAACGCAUUUGACACUGCACAAAAUGGCUCAGUGAAGUUUGAGGAUUUUGUGAUGGCAUUGUCCAUUCUGUUGCGGGGAACUGUUCAUGAAAAGCUAAGAUGGACGUUUAAUCUCUACGACAUAAAUAAGGAUGGCUAUAUAAACAAGGAGGAAAUGAUGGAUAUCGUAAAGGCAAUUUAUGAUAUGAUGGGAAAGUACACAUAUCCAGUGCUCAAGGAAGAUGCUCCAAGGCAACAUGUAGAAGUAUUCUUCCAGAAAAUGGAUAAAAACAAAGAUGGUGUUGUAACUUUAGAUGAGUUUAUUGAAUCAUGUCAGGAGGACGACAAUAUCAUGCGAUCCUUACAGCUCUUUGAGAAUGUGAUGUAACCAUGUCUGGUGAACGCUGGAGGAGUCGGAGACUUUCUGUGUAACAAAGACCUCCUUUCUGGGUGAAAGAUUUUUACAAUUCAGCCAUG